AUGUCGCAAACGGCUGUAAAAACAUCGUCCAUACAGUUGAGAAACAUUCACGGCCCUAUAGCAUCUUCACCAUCUACAGACUUUCACGACGACGGAGAGAGAUCAAGGUCAAGAGAGAGAUCCUUCUAUGUUGAACGUGAUGCCGCAAGUCUCAACGAAUUGACCUUUCCUGAGGGCGGCUGGCAGGCGUGGCUGGUGGUCUUUGGAUCAUUUUGUGCAAUGCUUUCGGUUUUCGGCCUCAUCAACUCGGCUGCCGUCUUUGAGUCAUACUUCUCUGAAAACCAACUCGCUGAUCAUUCUUCAUCCGAAAUUGGAUGGAUAUUCAGCCUGUACCUUUUUAUUGUCUUCUUUAUUGGCAUUCAAGUUGGUCCCCUAUUUGACCAGUAUGGUCCCCGCGGCCUCGUUGUCGCUGGUGGCCUUUGCAUGUCUGCAAGCCUUCUCUUAUUGAGCUUAUGCAAAGGUUUGCCCCUUCUCACGGCUAAACUCGUCAUUUUUCCUAACGGGUGUCACACAGAGUACUAUCAAAUCCUUCUGGCGUACUCGAUUCUAGGUGGCUUGGGUGGUGCUCUGCUAAACUCACCCUCUUAUGGUGCUAUUGCUCACUUCUUUGACUCGCGCCGAGGCUUUGCCACGGGCAUAGCAGCCACAGCUGGUUCUAUAGGUGGAAUAGUGUAUCCCAUCUUGCUUCAGAACCUGUUUCCGACUCUGGGGUUUGGUCCGACAGCACGGAUUCUUGGCUUCAUUCUCCUAGGACUCACAGUACCCGCAACUCUCUUUAUUCGUUCUCGGCUGCCAAAGAAGGAAGGACCCGGAUCCAUCUGGCCUGACUUCACCGUCUUCAAAAAUCUCAAGUUUACCCUAUCGGCAGUCGGGAUCUUCUUCAUGGAAUGGGGUCUCUUCGUUCCCAUAACCUACAUUAUCUCCUAUGCCGCGACUCUGCCCGGCAGCAACGUUCAUUCGUAUACAAUUCUCUCCAUCCUCAACGCAACAUCAGCAGUGGGGAGGUUUUUGCCGGGCUUAGCUGCAGACAAGUACGGAAGAUUCAACGUCAUUCUCAUCACCAUCGCCCUGUGCUUCAUCACAGUUCUCGGUCUUUGGCUGCCCUCGGGCAACUCUCAACCAAUGCUCUUAGCUUUUGUGGCUAUAUUCGGUUUCGCAAGCGGAAGUAACCUGGGCCUGGUCCCGGUCUGUCUAGGCCAAUUAUGUGACGCGAGGGAAUAUGGGCGGUAUUUGUCUACGGCGAUGAUGAUGGCCAGCUUCGGCACUCUGAGCAGUUUGCCAAUUGCUGGUGCCAUCCUCGAGGCAAAGGAAGGAGGUCAGAAUUGGAAGGGCCUGAUCUUGUUUUCCGGUGUCUCUUACUUUCUUGCUUUCAUUUGCUACGCCGCGGUCAGGGUGUUUGCCGUGGGGUGGAAAACCUCAGCAAGGUUUUAA